AAAGCAUUGAAAGCCGAUGGGCCUGGGCGAACAACUUCCCUUCCCUUGUGUGGAGCGAACGAAUAAACGGGCGGCAUCUCACGUGAAGAUCCUCCUCUUUUUUCUCCCCACCGCCGAAAUGGCCGCCGCUGCCGCCGCCUCGUCCUCCUCCACCGGCAUCGUCGGCGUCCUCACCACCCUCCCCCUCGACCAGGCGGCGGCGGCUUCAGGCGGUGGCGACCGUUCGGCGGAUUGCGGGGUGUGCGCGAUUUGCCUGGACAAGAUCGCUCUCCAGGAGACAGCGCUUGUGAAGGGAUGCGACCACGCCUACUGCGUAACUUGCAUUUUGAGGUGGGCAUCCUACAAGCAUACCCCUCUAUGCCCACAAUGCAAGCAUCCAUUUGAAUUCCUCAGUGUGCACCGCUCUCUUGAUGGCUGUAUUCAUGACUACCUGUUUGAGGAGAGUGUUUGCCUCCUCCUGAGGGCCGCUUGGUUUGAACCUCUGAUCGUAGAGGCUCAUGAAGAGGCUCUGGAAGAAGAAGAAUUUUACCACCAGUACCAGUACGAUGAUGACGUAGAUGACCUUGAUGAGGAAGCUUACUACAUGAGCAGGUCCCCGAGCAUUCGAAUUGGUAACAGGAGGUGGGGUGACAGUGGGUACAUCAGGGGAGGCAGGAGAGAAGCAAGGCCAUGUCAGGCCCCGAAUGAAUCGGGUGCUGGUCCAUCCAGGACCCCCAAGAAGAAAGAGACAUCGGCGUCGGGGUCGGGCUCUGGGUCAGUAUCCAAGGAUGUGGCAGGAAGGCGGGCAAAAAGGGCUCAGAAGCGAGAAGCAGCAGACAAGGCAGCUGCUGAAAAGCACCUGAAGCAUCUGCAGAGGUUGGGACUCGGUAAAGCACCUGAAGUGCCUGCAGAGAUUGGGCCUCAGGUGAACUAGUGAUUUGCAAGAACCUGUAGAUAAUGGUGCUGUGAAGAACACUGCAGCCCUUGGGCCACAAAAUAAUGUUCCAUUGUUAAGAACCGGAGCUUGGCCUUGUAUCACCGCAACUCUGCCGCAUUGUAAAGUACUUUAUUUUCUCAUCGCUCUUUAGAUCCAGCAUUGAAAAUGCACUGCCAUCUGCACUCUGAUGCAUCUAUGCAGUUUAUCUCACUCUGACACUUUUUACAUUA